GCAACACAAGGCUAGGAUAAAAAGGUGAUAAAUUAAAAAGAAGAAAUAACCAUAUUCUUUUCUUGUUUAUCCAUGGCUUCAACAAGACCAUUACACACACUUUCUUCUACACUUAAACAAACAAUUCCUUCUUUGGUUCCAUUGAUUAAUAUUUCACACAAAUCCAAUUCAAUUUCUUUCACUUUCUCUUCUUCUUCUUCUUCUUCGAGACAAUUUGCUACCUUUGUAUCAUUUAAUCCUUCUGGAAAUUUUGACCUCUCCCUUUAUGAUGACCAAGAAAAUAUAGAAGUAGCACCACCACCUAUGCCACCUUCAGAAGGUAGAUAUGAAGUUGUAAUAGAUAAUGAUAUUAUUCAACGUCUUGAUUUAUCCCCAUUUCAAAAUGCCACUGGAAUUUCAUCACCCUUAUCUGCCAAGCCAAAAGAAUUUAUGGAAAGAACAAUUGGAUUUACAAUAAAUUACAAAAGGGAAGAUAAAUAUGAUCCAAGGGAAUUAUCAGAAUUUCCAGAUAUAAGACUAUGGUUUGUUAGAUUAGAUGCUACUUAUCCAUGGUUACCAAUUUUAUUGGAUUGGAGAGCUGGAGAACUUGCACGUUAUGCAGCAAUGUUGGUACCCCAUCAGAUGAGUAUGAAAAUGGGAGUUGUAUUUAAUCCAGAGGCAUUGGAAUUGUUUGUGAUGAAUAAGGUGUUUGUAGUGUAUUCUUGGUUGAAGCAAAAUGAGAUUCCAAUGCCAAGGCUCAAGACAAAAGACAUGGCAAGAAUGCUUGGUUUUGGGAUUGGUGAUGAACUUUUUGACUUGAUUGAUAAAAAUCAAAUUGAUCCUUCAUAAAAAUUUGAAUUAAUUUUUCACUAAAUAUUUUGUAAUUGUUGAAUAUAAAAUGCUUCUUUUGUCUAGUAUAUUAGUUGUAUCAAUUAAAUUCAAUAUGGUUUGGGAUAACACAUGACUUAUCUUAAAACUAUGUUAUUAUAAGAAUUCCAUGUUAUUUUUUUCUUUUU